GCAUGCUUAAACAUUUCUAAAACUCGUUAAAUUUUAUACUAUGUUUCUCUUCUUAAAAAAAAAAGAGAAAAGAUCAAAAACUAACUUGAUCGGUGAUUUCAACCGAUAAAUUUAUAACUGUAUAAUUUUCAUCGUUUUUAAUUUUAUCUUUCCAUCAAUCGGAUAAAAAAAAUUUAUUUGUCCACAGUAAUAAAAUAUUGGAUAUUAUAUUUGAUAAGUUAAUCGCCAAUUAAGUUGCUUGGCAGAAUGUGCUUACAUCAAAUUUCUAUCCACAUAUUUUAUUAUUUUUCUAAUGUUUUCAAAUUACUUUUUUCUAUUUCGUAAACAACAAAGAAUUACUAAUUCUAUAUAAAUCAUUAAAUUCAAUAAAUUGAUCAAAAUUUGAGCGAAGUAAUCCUGAUUUUAAGAGUAGCAUUUACGUUGCCCGCGAUAUUACGCAUGCGCGGAACUUGUUAUUUGUAUUGCACUGUCAACACACGGACGUUGCUACACAGAUGCACACGCGACGGAAAUUCGUGUACGUUUGGCGCUGAAUGUUGAUGUCGAUGAUCGCGUCUCAUUUUGUCCCAAAAAACGAAUCGAGCGCGAAAAUUUUGGAACUUUGCUGUCUUGGGCAUUUACAAUGAACAGUGAUGUCCGCGUGGUGGACGUGAGUAUGGACACGACCAUACCUUUGGACCAGUCGAUCACGAUCGAGGACUCGGAGGCAGAGAUCGAACUAGUGGACAUCAGUUGCGAGGGUACCUCCUCCGUCAGCGAUGAAACUCCGGUCUACAGUAGGAAAGAUAUCGGUAGCGUCCCAUCUCCGGACGCUGUCGAGACACUCGAAGUGAUCCACUCGGGGAAAGAUUCGCCUUCCUCUCGUACGGACAAUGUCAUUUCGCAGCCCGCCUUUAAGGUUAUGUUUCGCGACGAGAGUGUCUCGAGACGGUAUCGACAACAAAUAAAUGAUUUUUUGUAUACUUUAAUACAAUCUAAAUCCCACCAUAAGAAAGAUACAAAUAAGUCAAGUCUGAUUUUGGAAGUUUGGGAUGAUAAAGCUGAUUUCGAAGAUGGAGAAAUACAUAUAGAAAAUGAGGAUGCUUUGAACGAUAGUGAACAAUAUGAUGGUACAAAUAAUUUUCUAUUUACAAUUGAUAAAGAACCGAAUAUAAAGAAUGAUUUGGAUAUCCCAACAUAUGGACAGAAAUAUGAAAAUGCAUUUGAGGAGAAUUCGAACAAGACAUCCAAAGAAUUUGUGCCAAGAUUAAGUUGCUUUAAUUGUAAUGGGAAUCAUACUUUGCGAGAUUGCCCGGAGCCUAAGAAUCAAAGCAAUAUCAACAAAAAUCGUAAAGAGUAUGCUAUGAAGAACAGUGCAGGAGUUCGAUAUCACAUGAGUGAAGAUCAAAGAUUUGGUCAUAUGGUUCCUGGUCAGUUAAGUCCAAAAUUACGAAAGGCUCUUGGAUUGAAAGAGAAUCAACUACCUAUGCACAUAUAUAGAAUGAGAUUACUUGGCUACCCUCCAGGGUGGUUAGAAGAAGCACGUUUACAACAUUCUGGUUUAUCGCUGUUCAAUUCUGAUGGAAUAGCGGAAAGAGAUGUAAAUGAAGAAGAAGGCGAAAUCAUUACAGAAGUAGAUAAGGAUCGAUUCGACAUAAAAAGAAUAUAUGACUUCCCUGGUUUUAAUGUGCUCCCUCCUCCUGGUACUAUAGAUGAUAGUCACAAGUAUAGAGUACCACCGAUGCAAUCCAUGCAAAGUAAACAAAUAAUGUUAUUGCACUUGCAAGGUAAAGAAGCAGACGAUGGUUACAAACGGAAAAAACUAAAAUUACCUCCCCCAGUAAAUGAUGUAUAUAAACCAGAACUAAUUAGUGACAUGGAAGUAGAAGAUCUAGGAGAAAAUGUUGUGGAGAAUGUGUCCAUUAAUGGACAUUUUGUACCACCAUUACCCAAAGAAUCGGUGCAAGUGCCACCAGCACCACCGGAAGAGUUACCUCAAUCAGUAACGGAUGAUUCAGACUCGCAGUCGCAAGAAUUGCCUUCCUCUGAUUCUGCGGACGACGCUACUUCGAGCCUAAAUUCGCCAUCUUUGUCUGAAUUAGAAAGAACAAAGAAAGUAUUACUUAUGGAAAUUGAAGAGGCCAAUUCGCAGUCUAAUUCUAAUUCCAUAUUGAUAAAAAAUGAUUCGAAUACUUUAUGUGUAUCAGAAACGCCAUUUUCCAGUGUAACGAUUACACCUUCUACUUCGAGAAGAUCAUCAAGUCAAGAUUCCGUGAAAUCGAAUAUACAGUGUCCUGAUACAUCAAUUAAAAAUGAUCUCAAUACUACGAUUUCAUUGGAUAUGUCAGCUUCUGAUAAAUGCCUCAAUAUUACUCCAACUCAUUCUACUCCACAGAGAUCUUCAGAUACAAAUCAAGCUUCUGUCAAGUCGGUACAUUUAGGUACACCAAUAUUGCCCAGUACUUCUCCAUAUAGUAAAUUACCGUCGUCUGAAAAGUUUUCUAAAGACAUUUGCGAUGUUAUCAAUUUUGAAAAUUUGCCUGAUUCAACAGGCAAAUAUGAACAAAUGACGGGAGUCUUGCAAAAAGUUAGAAGCACUAUGGCAAGAUUACACCAACAGGAAUAGAUUUUUUAUAGCCUGAUAUAAAAGUACAGAACAUUUAGGUGAAACAAAAAUGAAACAAUUAAAUUGUUCAAAAAUAAGACACUGAAAAUUCUUUUUUUUCUUCUAAUUUAAUCUGAAAAAAGAUAUUUAUAAAGACGAUAAUAUUGUAAAUAGAAAUUUUUGAGUAUCUGUAUGAAUAUAUGCUUAACAUGUUCACAAACAUGUAUAUUGUGUAAAGAUCUCAAACACAUUUGCAGGUUUAAAUCACACUUUAUUACUAGUUAAAUCAAAAUUCAUGAUUAAUACGAUCGGAUUUUCUUCCGUAUUCUAUCUCCCAUUUUAUUUUUUCGUAUUAUAUCUUCUGUAGAAUCCUUCUUUAUAGUGAUUAUAAAGCACUAAUUUGUCAGAUUUCUUUGAAGUCAGAUUUUUCUGCUAAGACAAGUUGCAUUUGGUUAUAAUCAAAAUGCUGUUUUUCUCUUUAUCACAUUUUUCAUAUUCUGAAUUAUAACAUAAAAGUUAUAAUUCUUAAAAUUAUUUUUGAGAUUUGAAUUAUCAGGUAAUGUUUUAAAAUGAUUUUUUUCUUUAGAAAACAUGUAUAUUUCCUCAAAGAACAAAUUUUUUUUUAACUGUAAGACUAUUUUUUGUUACCUCUUGAUAUCUUUUUCUAUUUUUUUUCUCUCUAAAUUUUUAAGAUUUAAUGUGAUUUUAAACGAAAGAAAAUUUAAUGUGAAAAUUGCAUUAUAAAAUAAUAUUUUUAUAAUGUAAUGACAAAUCUGUAUUUGCCUAUUCAAUUUUACUGCUUAAGAUCAAAGAGGAGAUGUCAACUUUCUCUGCUUGUGCGGCCUGCGUUACAAGAUCUUUGAUCAUAUACAUUAUAAUUAAUAAAAUGAUAUAAAAAGAAUCAGCAUUUUAAAACUUCAAUUUAAUACAUUUUUUGGCUUCUACUUAUACAUUUUAGUCUGCUAUAUUUUCAAUAUCACAUUCAUUUAUAAAAAUAUAAUAAUAUACCUAAUUUUUUUAAAACAAAAAUUAAAAUGUACCGUACACAAAUUUUUAUAUUGAACAUAGAAUAUUU